AUGAACCAGGAGGUCCAGGUCGACCAAUUGCCCAAUUUUAGUAUGGAUACCCAUAUGGGCAUCUUAUCUCAAGAUCCAAAUGGAAAUCAGGUCAAUCCAAACAACAAUGUCAACUAUGCUGACAGGUUCCCUGACUUUACUCAAGCUAACCAGGCUCACCAGGUUCAACAGGCAGUAGUAGCCCAUGCACAAGCCCAAGCUCAGGCACAAGCACAGGCUCAGGCACAAGCUCAAGCUCAAGCUCAGGUCCAGGCUCAACAGCAACAGCAUCACCAGUCACAUCAACAACAACAACAACAACAGGUGAAACAGCUGCAACUGCUGCAACUGCUGCAGCAUCUUCAAAAUGUCAAUACCUCUAAUAUGAUUGCUAACAAUUCCAUGGUCAACAGCUCUCUUCCAAAAAAGAAAAGAAAAAGAGUAUCUCAAGUAUGGAAAGAUUUUACUGAAAACUCCGAUAAUUCUGUAACUUGUAACAUUUGUAAAACAAGAAUUGAAAGAUCUGGCUGUGAAACAACGAAGAUGUUACGCCAUCAAAGAUUCCACAGAAAGGAAUUAAACCAAUCUUUGACCGAUAAUCUCAACUCUCCUAAUGAUAAUGACCAAAAUGGUGUUAGCUCAAAUGAUUUGGCAAAUAUUGAUAAUGUAUUGAAUAAUCAAAAUUCUCAUUCUACUAGCACUCUUGGUUCCAAUAUUGGCACCGCCUGA